AUGGGUUAUGUGGACUUGUGCUCUGGGGCAUUCGCCUUGACCCAUCGGAGGCAAGCAAUGACCUUCAUGAUCGAGUUGUACACCUCUCCAGUCUUCAUGGUAUCCAAAAGCAAGUGUAAUUUCUUUGCGUCAGAAGACUGGGGAUCUUGGAAGUUCUGGUUCUGGUGUGUUGAUGUCUUCAGUCUCGGAGCUUGGGGUUUCUUCGUGGGAGUGGUCUUCUUCUUCAUUGUCGCCAUGAAAGGCCUUGACAAAUGCCUUGACUGCCUUGACAAUCUUGACAGACAAUCCGGAGAAGAGCCUGAAGAGCAGGGAGAGCUCGAAGAGCCACCCGAGGAGCCCGAAAAGCCCCAAGACAAAUGGCAACAACGCGUGGAGAAGUUCUGCAAGUGCUUUUGCUGUUUUACACACGGACUCGCUGAUGCCCUUCUUGGUGUGUUUGAGGCCUUUGUCAACAAGUCAAAAACCAGCCACAGGAGGGACUCGAACAAACCAAGCCGCUCUCGUCCAUCCCACAUGCUACGUUUGGCUUUGGGCUUCUUCGUUUUGCUCAGCACGGCAGUGUAUGGUGCCGGCAUCACCACAAACAUGAUCCAAGCAAAAGAGGUGGAAGGAGAGGUUCCAAGCUUGGAGGAGGCAAAAAGCCGAUCAAAUCGUGUCAGUGUGUGCACUCAUUUAGUUUUUGAAGAAUCUUUGGAGCCCCACUGGAAUGACAAAAUCUUGGCAGUAUAUUUGGAUACCUGGGAAGAGGUCCUGAAGAACUUGAAUGAUAAAAAAUGUUCUGCUGCACUUUUGGAGGAAGAGGCUUGGAACACUUUUCGAAGCCGUGGUGAGCUUUGUGGCUUUUACAAAGAACCAACAGCAGAGUUUUACAUGCCUACAGGAGUUGUCGUAUCCAAGCGAGCUUAUCGGACUCUCGAAACCUUCAGAUAUGCCCCCUCUGAAACUGCAUUCUUCUUUAACAAGUCACGGGUGCCCCCACAUGCCUGCCCUGCAAACUCACCAGAUAUUGUUUGCGCCAAAAUCAAGGACGAGGGCCUGCCAUGGUAUACGCUUUUCAGCCUUUUCGUGGUGGCAGCCGGAUGCGGGGCGUGUAGCUUGAUUGGCAUUGCUCACCAGCACAUCGGAGGAGAAGACAAGGAGAAUGAAGAGGAGAAGAAGAAGAACAUGAAGGAUAAGGAAACGAGGAUGGCAAUGAUGGAGAUUCGGAGUCUUUUAGACCUGGAAUUCGGCAAAAUUUCCAAAGCCCUGCAAUCCAACCCUCGACCCGAUGCUGCAGGCUCCGCUGAACCACAGGUCGUGGAAUCAUCGAGGUCCACGGGCACUGGAGUCUCCACACCUCGCACGAACAGUUCUGCGCCAGAGGCCUUUGCCGUUGAUUGGCAGAAUGGCCGACCUGCGCUCUUUGUUCUGGCCGCCGCCGUCCUAGACUCAGACCCGUUGUACGACACCGUUUCGGAGUCGAAAUUUGAAGUGAAAACGCCAGUUCCAUUUUCAGAAUUUUCCGAGAGUUUCCGGAAAUCUGCAGUGUCUGAGAAGUUCGGAAGUUUGAAGUUCUCAUGCCUUACAAGGUUGCCGUGUGAGCACGGCGGGUCUGGCGCUGCUGUGGUGGCGUUCUACGACCAGGGCAAGGACAUCACGACGAAGGAGCACUACAACCUGCAGAACCCGGCGACGCACUUCCUGGUGGCUGCUGGUGGUGGCUUCAUCCUGAACAUCACCUACCACCUCCUCUUGGUCUUCGUCUACGGCAUCCUCCUGAACGACCUCUACGCCUUCGACCUCAAGCUGGACUUCGUGGACUACAAGAUGCAGCAGCCUCCGACUUCGAGCGGAAGCAUACCGCUCCAGGAAUAUCGAAGGGAUAUUCCACCGGGGUGGAUGCCCGGAAACCCGAGCUACCCGCUCAAGGAGUACUUUGAGAAGCUCAGGUUAUGGUACCGAGUAUGUGGCUUGGAGGACGAGCUGAUCGGCCCAAUGAUAGCUGGCCGCUUGUAUGGCCGUGCCUCAAAGGUGGCGAUGGCUCUGAGGGUGAGAAGGCCUGACGGCACCUACGACGUGGGCGAUGCGACGCUGGUCAGAUUGGCUGUGGACGAGGUGGUCGAUCCAAAUACUGGCCAGGUGAUCCAAGCCCACAUUCCCAGCGGAGUUCAACACUUGGUUCAAGCUCUCCGCAAUGCCUUUGUCCAACAAGACCAUGACAUGGCCACUCAGGCGCUGGAGAGGUUUUUCUCUCUCACGAGAGGAAAGAUGAGCCUUGCCGAGUAUGCGGUGGAGUUUGAUUCGAGGAUGGAUGAGGCUCAUGACAGAGCCGGCCUUGUCAUGAACGAUGUGGCGAAGUUCUACCUGUUCUUCAAGGGUUCAGGUUUGAGCAACAAGGCCAUCGAUGACAUCAAGCUUCAGGUCCAAGGAGAUCACAGUCGCUUUGCAGAUGCUCGAGCUUUAGCUUUGAGGUUGUCUCCAUCUCGACCCGAAGAACAUGGCGGCGACGUCUUCUAUGCGGACCAGGACGACUAUGACGAGACGGUCAACUAUGACGCCUGGUAUGACUCCUCCGAGAACUAUUGGUACGAUGACUACUCCCACGACUACGGCUACGACGAUGAAGGCAGUUGGCACUGGGAUGGAGAAGAGCUCUACUAUGGCGACAUGGAUGACUGGUAUGAUGAAGAUCAAGAAUGGCAAGAAGAAGGCUAUCAAACCGCCCAUGAAGACUCCCUGGAGACGAACCCUGAGAAUGCCGACGAGGUCAAGGAAGAGUACUACAAGGGGAAGAGCAAAGGCAAGGGCAACAACGAUGGUUGCUUUCGAUGUGGAAGCAAAUGGCACAUGGCCAGAGACUGUCCGAUGAAUGACAAGGGCUAUGGCAAGUCUGGUGGAAAAGGAUCAAUGAAAGGCAAGUCAAAAGGAAAGAGCAAAGGUGGAUGGCGAUGGCGCCCCAACUACAAAGGAAACUACAAAGGCAAGGGCAAAGGCAAGAAAGGUGGAUACAAGGGUUCCAAAGGCUAUGGCAAGACCAACUGGUACGUCCAUCGACCCCCUUUGGACGCCUACGAUGGAAUCCCUUCCAAUGUGCCGAGGCAAGACAACUCCGAGGAGUUCAACAUCCACACACCGCCUGAUGCAGAGGACUUCAUGAGCAUCCCGAGAUCUUCAACCAGGACAAGAUCUACUUCGGAUGGUCAUGGACAAGAACAUGGAGCUGUCAUGCCGGAGAAGCGCAUCCACGAGGCCUUCAGCUUUGCCUUCAACAACUACUACCAGGCCACGGACUACUUCAUGGUCAGAGGACAGAAACGUCGAGGCCUGAUCAUUGAUCCAGGAGCUGCCAGUGGACUCAUCGGAUCAGAGACCCUUCGAGAUCUGGUGGCAACAUGUGUCAAGCCCUUCGGCAAGGAGAUCUCAAUUGAGAAGGACGUGACUUCACCGGUGUCAGGCAUAGAUGGAAAGUCUGACCAGACUCUUGGACGAGUCACUGUGCCUUUGCUGUCGUCUGGAAAGGCCAUCAAGUUCUGCGGUGAAGUGAUUGGAGGACAAGGUUCUCUUUGCCCAGCUCUAGUUGGAAAUCCUUCCCUGAGGAAGAUGAACUGUGUCAUUUUCAGCAACUACUUUUCCAACGGUGAUGGACUCCUCGCCAUGAACCACAAAGAGGAGCCACAGUCAUCGAGAUUGCUGAGAUUGCUGCUGACUGACAGCGGACACUACAUCCUUGCCACCGACGGCAUUGACGAGACCAAGAUCACCAAGGACGUGCAAAAGGAGACCUACACGUUCUGCAGCAAAGUGCUCUCAAGCAGCAUCGAGAAAUGGCCAAAGUCCGAGAUCAAUCCCCGGUUGCUUCAUGUCUUCGCUGUGACGCAGGCAGGAGGGAACCGGUGUGAACAACAACAAUAUGAAUCACGAGAACAUCGUGAACAACAAGAAUCCUCCUCUACUGACGACAAGGACAAUGGCGACAAAGCUGCCAACAUCAUGGACAAGCCCGACAAGACUGACACUGAUGCGACAGUCCUCCAUGAAUCUGAUGGCAAGCACAACUUGGACAAGAACCACGAUGCUGUCGAAGCUGUUUCACAACCAGGCAUUUUGCCUUCCAUGGAAUCCACAAAGGAGCCCAACAAGCACAACGUUUUUUCCAGUGAGCCCAAGCUCUGCGGGCCUACAUCUUUUCCUGCGACAACUGAGGAGUUGCCGAAGAUUGUCAAGAAGGUGCACUUCGACGAUGCGCAUCAGCCUGCCUCUUUGGAAGCAGCAUCCAACAACGUUGAAGAGCCCUCCAACAAGGAUGAGAAAGACUCCCUGGACAUCCGCUACAAGGAGUCUGACUUUCCCAUCUACACCGAGGACAUGCUUCCUGAUGGAGCAGACCAUGUCAAGCUGAAGAAGCGCUACAAGGCGAUCAAAGAGGAGUUCUACACUCAAAGUGGUCAUCGACCAGUGACACCCUCCAACUUUCGCAGUUGGAUGAACAAGUCCAAGGGCAGAAACAAGAGAUGGCACUUCUGGGAAAUCUUCAGUGGCUCAGGCAGACUCUCCCUGACGCUUUUGCUUUCAGGCUUGGCAGUUGGACCUCCAAUCGACAUGAGGUAUGGCUGGGACGUCAACAACACUUCUCAUCAAGCCAUGCUUCUGGAAGCCCAACGAGAGUUCAAGCCUGGCACUAUCCACUAUGCACCUGACUGUGCACCCUGGAGUGUGUCAUCAAGUUCCAAGGAUCCGGCACUACGACAUCAAGAUCGUCUUCAUGAUCUUCCAGCUCUGAACUUUGUCCAGAACAGCUGUGAAGAACAAUCCCGAGAAGGACGUGGCUACACUGUGGAGCAGCCCUACGGCAGUGCCAUGAUGGAUGAAGGCUUGCGCCUUGACCGCAUCCCUGACUGCAAGAAGAAACAACGAGUUGAUCAAUGCAUGCAUGGUGCAGUCAGCGAACUUGGUGAUCCUGUCCAGAAGGCAACAGCCCUGAUUGGCAACAUCAAGUACAACAAGACAGCUUUGAGGUGCAGUGGUCAUCAAGGUCAACCACAUGCUCAUUUACAAGGGCAGACUGGUGGUCACAAUCGCACCACUCUUGCUGCAGUGUACCCAAAACAGAUGUGCCAACGAAUGCGGCAGGACAUCAUCAAGUACCUCCACAACCGCGACCUCAUGCGGGUGAAGACCGAGAACUUCUACGAGUGCAUUCGCUGUACCUUGGGACGCUUUUGCCCAAAAGGAAUUGACCACACCAUGAUUCCUGGACAAUGUCGACAUGGACGUUAUGCAGCUGGGACUAAUCCAAAGUUGAAGUCAAUGUCAUCUGCGGCUGACCCCAUCACUGACUGGAAGAAGGCGGCAGACCGCGAAGCUUUGGAUGUUGUCCAACUCGACAACGAGCUUGACAAGGAGUUCAACGUCAAGGAGUCCCACUACCUGAAGAAGCUGCUCAUUGAAUCAGUGAACAACGCUCUUGGCCUGUUUACAGAAGCCUCCAACCGCAAGAUCGACUACACCCACUGGAUCGACAAUCCUGUGGCGAUUGCUUUGUUCAAGGAACUUUUCAAAGAAGUCAUGCAGGUGAAAGCCAUCAAGGUUUUGCUGCGACCUUUCAGAAAAUCCUCAGCUGAACCACACCUUUCUAUGGCUUCUGGCUACCUGCGGCUGUUCAUCAUUGGCGAUGUGAAGCACUGGAAAGUUCUGAAGAUUGAAGACAUGAGAGAGCUCAGCUUCAGCCAGAUCAACGAGGCGAUAGAUGAGGAUGACUGGGUUCUGGUCUUGUAUGGUGUCGAACUUGAUUCAGUACCAGCACCAUCGACACCCGCUGCACGAUCCAGAUCUAUCCCAGCUCAGCCUGCACUACCACCUCGACGAGAUGAUGCAGCACUUGUUCCAGUGGAACCACAACCCCAAAUUCAAGAACGACCUGAUGAUGAACGAGAAGAAGAAGCUCUGGCAAUUCCAGCAUAUGAAGAGUUUGAGGCACAUGGACGAGCUGCACUAGCUCCAGUCAAGCCCAACUACAACUUGCGGCGAGUUCUUGAACGACUUCCCAAGUUGGUGGAUUCUGGUGACGUGACCACAGCCAAGAGACUGUUGGUCGGCCUUCAUGAACGACUUUGGCACACACCGGCAGGAGACUUUUGCAACCUCCUUCGACGAGCUGGACUUCCUCAACCAGUGAUCACCCUUGCAGCUGAAGCAGUUCAAAGCUGCGUGGUGUGCCGAAAGUUUGUCAGAUUGCCAAAUCGUCCACAAGUACGAGCUGGAGGUGCAACCAUCUUCAACGAGACGGUUCAGUUCGACUUGUUCCACCUGGACGACGUCACAUACAUGAUCCUGCUGGAUGAAGCUACUCGCUUCAAGACCUGCUCAGUUCCUGAAGGACAAGAUGCACAACAGUUGCUGGCCUCUAUGCUUCAGAACUGGAUUCAGUUCUUUGGUCCACCUGCCCGACUUGUAUUGGACCAACAAGCCUCUCUGAUGUCUCAUGAAGCUGGAGGUGAAUUCGAACGGAUGAACAUCGUUCGAUGUCCCAGAGGAACGACUCAAGGACAAGGUGCCGAACAACACACUGGAACUGGCUUGGUUGAACGACAUGUUCAACUCACCAAGCUCACCAUCAUGAAGUUGAAAGCCGAGCUUCAACGCCAAGGUCUGAACCCAGAACCAGCUGAACUUGGAAUGGAAAGCGCUAUGGCGCACAACCAGACGAUCAACUAUGGAGGUGCCACACCAAGCAUGAGCGUCUCUGGCAUCCUUCCACGUGGGUUCUACGACCCUGAGACUCCAGGUCUUCUUUCCACUUUUGGCUCCAUGCAGAAGGACGUGACGGUGUUCGAACGCGCUAUGCGCAUCAGGCAGACUGCCUUGGCCCAGACACAUCAAGCGAUCAUUGAAGAUCGUGUCGCAAGAGCCAACCGACAUCGUCCUCACCAGCUGGAGACUGACAAGCUCACCGCUGGAGUGUCUGAAGUGGAGUACUACAGAGAAGUUGCAGGAGAUCCUGGAUGGCGUGGCCCAGCACUUCUACUACGACUUGAUCAAGAUGAAGGUGUUGCUGUGAUCCAGUACCAGGGCAAGCCCUACUUGGUUUCCUUGAGACACAUCAGGCCCUAUGUUGGCAUGUUCCACUUUGAGAUGGUCAACGAACCUGUGGAGAACGAGCUCAACAACCUGAUGAAGUACGUGGAGCACCUCUGCGAGUACAAGGCCUACAUCAUUGGAUGGAUCCAGAAGAAGAACGGCACUUGGGCCAAGACUCCAAAGCAGACACCAGCUAUCACCAAGGCGAUGGAAUGGGCAGACAAGAUCUCCAAAGCCAUGACCAAGAAGCCAUUGCAUGGCAUCAUCAUGGGACGAGCUCUGAAAACCUUCAAACCUCCCAACAACACGACUGGCAAGUUGGUGACAUGGAUUCAAGGUGGCAAGAACUACUCCGUACAGGAGCACUUGAACGCGAACCACCUGAGAAUGAAGAAAAUCUCCAAUUACACCAGGGAGGACCUCUGUAUCAUCUACUUCUACUACUACAACCUGGACAUCAAGGAGGAGAUCACCUAUGACCCAAAGUCCAAGGAGAAGACUGUGAAUGACCAAAAGCCGAAUGGCGAUGGUUCAGAGGAAAUGGACACAGAGAACGUUCCAAAGAAACGAGAUGAGCCAGAAGAUCCAGGACUACAAGAAUCUGAGAAGAAGAAGCAGAAGGUUGCGAUGGUGAAGAAGGACAUCAAGAAGGUGGCGAUUCUGCAGAAGGACAUCGAGUUCCUACGGAGCUUCUACACCAUCAACGCCAACACCAAGAUCAUCCUGGACUUCCCAUUGGAAUGGAAGAUUGGCUACAGCAUCAUGCUGCCCACGGUCAAGAACUUCCUGACCCAAGAGUACCAACAUCGUCAACGACAAUGUGGACAUCUCUCCACCUUGGCCUACAAGACAUCCGGCGAUGCAACAGCAUGCCUGAGAACCGCUCAGAUCUUCAAGGUCGACGAGGAGACCAACAACAUCAAUGAAGGUGACAUCACACCCGAUCUAUGGCAUUUGGUGGAUUCAGCCGAUCGAGCUGAAGUCAAGCAGUUUGUGGAGGAGAAAGCAUUCAAGAAGAUGCACAAGAGCAAGUUCACGGCCGAGAUGGUCAUCAUAGAUGCCAGAUGGGUUCGGAAGUGGAAAAGAUACCCAAAUGGCGAGUUGAAGGUGAAAUCAAGACUUUGUGCAAGAGGAUGCUUCGACUCCCAGAAAGACCUCUUGACGACGAGAUCUACCACUGCCACAAGAUUGAGCCAACGACUUCUUUUGAGUCAUGCUGCACGGAAGCGCAGCCGAAGACUCGAGUCCAUUGACAUUGCUGGCGCCUUCCUGAAAGGUUUUUCUUUCUCCGAGAUUCAACGAGCUUUACGUGAAGCUGGAGUUGAUGCACCAAGCCGAGUGGUGGUACUUCUACCUCCCUUGAACGUCUUUCGUCACUUGAGUGACCUGAGUCCUGACUUCAAGGGGAUGACAGACCUCCAAGCUAUGGAGUACGGCUUACUCUGCGUCAAGCCGGUCUAUGGGUUAAAUGACGCCCCAUUGGCAUGGCAAUUGUGCCUGCACCAGUUUGUCAAGCAACAUGGUGGACACCCAUCACAUCUGGACGACUGCACUUUCUCUUGGAAAGGCCAACGACCAGAAGAACCAGAAGCUGAAUCAAUUGCCACGACACAUGUGGAUGACAUCGCUCUUUCUGGCGAGCAACCAUGGCUGGACCAUAUGCACCAGCUGUUCCUCAAACGUUUUGGCAAGGUGACCAGACAGACCUUACCAUUUGUUCACUGUGGCUGCAAGUAUGAGAAAACGCCUACCGGCUACAAGGUCAGCCAACAAGAGUUUGCCAGCAAACUCCGACCUGUUCCAGUACCAGAACGAGAAGACACUUCUAAGCUGACCAAAGAAGAAGUAUCAACCUUUCGCUCAAUUCUUGGAGCACUUUUGUGGUUGACUGCCACACGCCUUGACAUCAUUGCAGAUGUAUCAGUUCUUCAAGCGAAGGUGACAGUGGCUGAGAUUCAACACCUCAAGCAAGCCAAUGACAUCCUGAUCAAAGUGGCGGAGUACAUCGAGGUUGGACUCCACUACAGGAUGAUGGAAGCCAAGCACAUCAGACUGGUGUGUAUUCACGAUGCUUCCUCUGCUGCUCAAGGACGAAGCUAUGCUCAAGAAGGUUUGCUGAUCGGUAUCAUGGAAGACAAGUUCCACGACGUCACUUUGGAAGCCGAGACUGAAUUUCAAGAUGGAGAAGGCGAACAUGGAGUGGAGAACCAUGGUGGAAUCUUCCACAUUCUUCACGCCAGUGGAUCCAAGGCGAAAAGAAUUUCCUACAGCACUUCACAUGCUGAAACCUUGUCUAUGGUUGGUGGAAUGGAAGCCUCAACUAUGAUCAUGGUUAGACUGGCCGAACUACACCAUCCUGCCAAAGCUCCCACGAUCAAGCAGCUUGUGCAGAUUCAAGAAGCUGGCGAUCCUAAGAUCCCAAUGGACUUUUAUGGAGAUUGCCGAGAUCUAUUUGAACUCAUCACUGGACGACGAACGCUGCCUCAAGACAAAUCGCAGCGCUUGUAUGUUUUGAGUUUGAAAGAAUCAAGAGUUUCUGGAAAACUGCGUAUGGCAACUUUGGUGCCUACGGAAGCUAUGACGGCUGACUCAUUGACCAAGCCGAUGGUUCAUGAUUGCAUGCUACUUUUGUUGACAACUGGAAUCGUCAGGUUUUUCAACGUGCCUGAUCACAAGGUGGUGACGAGAAUUCUCCCAGCACUGGAAGAGUACACAGAGCACGACCUUCACAAGUCCGAUGAGGAGCUGAUGGACGACGUUGUCAAAGGCAUCAAGCAGCCGAAGAUCAGUCAUGGAGCUGUUUUGCUGAGUUUGUUUUCACGAAGCAUUCUGCCGAUGCUGGUGGCAACGUGUGCGAGUGGUGCAACGGCUCAAGAGUUUGACGAGACCUAUGUCCCUGACUCCAAUGCAGUUGCGAAGAACAACAGCAUUCCGAACUAUGCCAACUACUUCGGGGUCUACAUCUCCAUCUUCCUCACCGUGAUCCUCGCCGUGAACAUGGACAAGAUUCUGAAGUACGUGACCUACAAGGUGACGAAGAAACUCUACAGACCUCUACCUCCAGUGAAGGAGGAAGACACGACAGAAGCGAUGGAUGUGGACGAAGAAGGCGAUCCCGACAUGAUGGCGAAUCGCAUUGCUGCACUCAAGCGGAAGGUCAUGGAUGUGAACGCAGCAAAUCGUGCUGCCAAGAAGAAGAUCCAAGAUCAACAAGGAGAACUGGAUGGACUCAGAGAUGAUCUACGCGAAGCCAAGACGGAGAUCACAUCAUGGAUAGACUGCGCCGACAACUACAGCGCCAAGACCAACAUGUGCCUGGCGGAUUCGGCGAGCUACAAGAAAGAUCUCCAAGAACUCAGAACCGAGCACGAGGAGCUGAAAGACAGGUACGACCAAGCUCAGAACGACAUCAACACCCUGGAAGAGCAGGUGAGACGUCAACGUGAAAGAGGAGAUCAACUUUGCGACAAGGUGGAUGAUAUACAAGGUGCGCUGCAGCACUCCAAGAAUGCCAACGCGAUGGCUGCACGAGCCAAUGCCAGCAAGGACGCGAAGAUUGCCGAGCUGACAGCUGCGCUGCAAACUGCGAAGCAACAGGCUCAAGCAGUCAGACCAAGCCGUGCUGCCGACCAGAACGAGGUGGCCGAGCUCACGCAGAAGAUCACCGACCUGACCAAGAAGAACGAGGACUUGGACAGGGAGAAGAACGUCCUGAAGGCGACCUGCGAGCAGCGCGCCCGUGAGAUCCUCGGCCUAAGAGAGGACAAUAGGGAGGCAAAAGCCCCUCCAACUGUGCAUAUCACGCGAGGUGGGUCAUGCUACCACAGCGACGGGUGCAACCACCUAAGCCAUGCAGGCCAGCCAAGAGCAGUUGUGGAGUUGCGCAAAUGCCGUGACUGCUGGCCAUAA